CAUAAAUGAUUGCAUGCAGUGUUCCAUCAGUGGGCUGCAGCUCUUACUGCUACCCACUUUAUUCCCAUUAAUGACACCUAAUGUACCUUCACAUACAUUAAGAACCACUUCAAUCCAUGUAUACAAACAACUGUAUAUAUUUGCUGUGACAUUUCUGAAUGCUUAAAUUAACAGUUUUCAUGCAUAAUGAUUCCUCCUUCCACCUUUACCAAACUGGAGGCUGACUUCACCUGCAACGGCACCAGGGACAGCAUCUGCUCCAGAGCCUGUUUUAAUAGAGACUUACAGAAACCUAUGAUGGUGGCCUGGAACUUCAUCUACUAUGUGCUGGUAAUCCUUUCUGUCCUGCUCAUGGAGCUGUUUGCCUCCCACCUGUGCUGCCUGGCCCAGGAGAUGAGCUCUAUAGCUCAUAUAAAUGCUCGACAGACGUCUGUUCAGAGUUAUGUUUGUGUUAUGAGGGCCGCCCCACAGAAACACAUGUAUGCUUUGGCAUCCAACUCUGGCAUGAUUAUUGUUUGUUCAGGCUUAUUUUGUAUGUACUCCAUUGCUCACUACCUUUGCAACUAUUAAACAUUGA